AUGUCAAAUUUAGGGACAGCUGCAGCUGCUCUGCUCGGUGGGACAACGGUCGCAGCCUACCUGGACGCCAAAUUUCACAUCAGGAAAGAUGUCAAGGCCGUGCUCACCCUCCGGAAGGGCGAACGUGAAUAUGCGAGCGCAGUCAGCCGACAGAAGGGCAACCCGUGGUUUGUGCUACUCGAAACUGCAAAGCAAUAUCCCAACAUGACUUGUCUCUGGACCCGGGAAAGAUCAUACACCUACCAAGACGUACGGGAACAGGCUUGCCAAUAUGCGCACUACUUCCUAUCUCAAGGCGUGAAGAAAGGCGAUCUGGUGGGCUUCUACCUACAGAAUCGCGCUGAGUUUAUCAUUGCUUGGGUUGGUCUGUGGAGCAUUGGUUGUGCCCCCGCCGCUAUUAAUUACAAUCUCUCCGGCGAUGCAUUGAUCCACUGCCUCAAGAUCAGCGGAGCGAAGUUCACACUUGUUGACGAGGAUCCGACCUGUCGUUCGCGUGUGGAUGAGGUUCAAAGUACACUCACCGGGGAACUGGGAAUGCAACUCGAGACAUUGGAUGAGCCCCUGAAAGCACGAAUUCGCUCGUACCCGACCACUUUCCCACCAAAGGAACUUGCGCUCAAGGUGGAAGGAGAAUUCCCAGCUAUUCUACUCUACACAUCCGGCACGACCGGUAUGCCCAAGGGUGUGCUUUCACUAUGUCUCGACUGGGAUCGUUGGUACAGCUGCAUGCCACUAUACCACGGGACGGCUGCGAUCAGUUUAAUCAGCUGCUUAGUGGAUGGUGUUAGUAUUGCACUCGGCCCCAAAUUCAGCGUUCGCAACUUUUGGAAGGAUGUCCGAGAGUCGGAAUCGACGGUUUUCGUCUAUGUUGGCGAGACAGCUCGCUAUCUACUCGCACCUCCUCCAUCCCCCGAAGACAAGAACCAUAAGGUCCGCUGCAUGUAUGGUAAUGGGUUGCGCCCGGAUGUCUGGGAACAAUUCCGCGAGCGAUUUGGCGUUCUCGAGGUGGGCGAGUUCUUCAACAGCACAGAGGGUAUCUUUGGCCUCUUCAAUUACAAUCGCGGCCCCUUCACUGCUGGGAGUGUUGGUCACCACGGACUCAUAAUGCGCGGUCUUCUCCAUAAUGUCUUUGUACCGGUGGCAAUUGACCCCGAGACUGGUGACGUUCUGCGAGACCCUAAGACCGGAUUCGCUGUUCGCGCAUCGUACGAGGAAGGAGGAGAAAUUGUGGUUAACAUUCCGAACCAAGAGGCCUUCCAGGGAUACUGGCGCAAUGAGAGUGCAACCGAGAAGAAGUUCCUGCGCGAUCUCUUCAAGAAAGGCGACCUGUAUUAUCGCUCCGGUGAUGCGCUCCGCCGACAAGGUGAUGGUCGUUGGUACUUCCUCGACCGUCUUGGUGACACUUUCCGCUGGAAGAGUGAGAACGUUGCAACUGCCGAAGUCUCCGAGGUCAUCGGCAAGUUCCCCGGCGUUGCGGAGGCAAAUGUCUACGGCGUAAAAUUGCCAAACCAUGAAGGCCGAGCUGGUUGCGCCGCACUACAGAUCACGCCCGAGGCUAGACAAACGUUCGACUUUGCUGCACUUGCGCGUUUCGCUCAAUCUAAGCUUCCUCGAUAUGCGGUCCCUGUCUUCCUUCGCGUCGUGGAGAACUCGUCGCACAUCCAUAAUCACAAGCAAAACAAGGUUCCGCUACGUGAUGAGGGUGUAGACCCGGCGCUCAGAGGCACGAAGGUGGCUGAUGGUGGAGACGAUAACUUCUUAUGGAUCGCUCCCGGAGAAAAGGACUAUUCGCCUUUUGGAAAGGAAGAUUGGGAAAGGAUAAGCAAUGGCCAGGCAAGACUUUGA